AUGAACGGCCUCGGCGAGAUGAUGUCGGCGGCGGUGGUGUGGCGGUGGCAGACGGCGGGGGCGGGUGCGGGUGUGGGGGCGGAGACGGGCGCGGCGGGCGCGCGGCUGGCGGCACUGCGGCACUGCCUGGCCGCGCUGCAGCUGCCGCACGCCGGGCUGCACGCAGCGCACGCCUACCUCCACCUGCUGGCCUGCACGCCUGAGGAGAUAAUAACGUCGAUCCGCGAGAGAGGGCCGCAGUUCUCGGAGCUGGAGUACCUGAACGCGCUGAAGGUGAUAGGCGCGCGGCGUGGCGUCAGCGCCGCCGACAUGCGCGCGCAUCUCGCCCGCCUGGCCGCCGCCCUGGGCCACGCCGGCCACGUGGGCGUCACCGUGUGACCACGCUCGCCUGCCCGCCGCCCUGGGCCACGCCGGCCACGUGGGCGUCACCGUGUGACCACGCUCGCCUGCCCGCCGCCCUGGGCCACGCCUCCACACCGACACUGCGCUGACCAGAAUUUUGCACUUGCACUUACUUGCAAAUAUAAACAUUAUAGUAGUAUUAAGUCUGGAGCGAAAACGUGUAAAUCGUAUGUAAUUGAUUUACACAAUCCACUAUACAAUAUGCAAGGCUAUAUUAUUUUAAUAAUGUUAACAUCCUAGAUAUAUUU